AUGGCCGAAUACUCCUCGCUGAAGGUGCCCGAGCUUAAGAAACUGCUGGCCGAGAAGGGUCUGCCGCAGACUGGCAACAAGGCAGAUCUCAUCGCAAGGCUCCAGGAGAACGAAAAGCAACCCGAAGCUGAAGAGAAGCCCGCUGAGAACAAGGAAGACGAGAUCAGUUACAGCGACGACGAAGCUCCUGCUGCACCUGCUACCGUUCCCGCCCCAGCCACCGCUACUGCUGCCCUUGAGCCCGUUGCUGAGGCCUCCGCCGCCGAAGCAGCACCUGUUGAGGCCGCAAAGGCUGAAGAGUCUACAGAAGAGAAGCCCGCUGAGACAGCAGAGGCACCUGCUGAGCCCGAAAAGUCCUACGCCAUCGGUCUUUCGUCUACCGCUGCUGAUGAGGAGACAAAGAAGCGUGCUGAACGCGCCAAACGAUUUGGCAUUGAGGAGGAUGACGACGCGAAGAAGCGUGCCGACCGUGCUUCUCGAUUCGGCAUCGACGAGAAGGAACUGGCAACUACCCUCGAUUCCGCCCUCCCAGAGCGAUCUCGAAAGCGAGGCCGAGAGCGCAACACUGAGAGUGAGGGCAACCGCACCAGCAAGCGACAGAGUCUUGAUCGAAGAAACGGCGGAGGUCGACGACGAGGAGGCCGUGGCGGCCGCGAUGGUGGCCGUGAUGGUAACCGUGAAGGCGGUCGCGAGAAUGGCGCUCGAAGAGAGACAGCCAAGAGCGGCAUUUUUAACGACCCGACAGAGAAGGCCAAGGCGGAGAAGCGUGCUGCCAGGUUCGCUACAAACUAG